AAGCGCGCUUUUUACAAACUCCUGUGAGUCCAGGAAGUUGACAGCCCACUGUGAUGUGAAAGGACGGGGCAAGUGGUUUUUAAAUUUGCACAAAACAUCCGACAAACCAAAACAUUUGGAGUUGUUCCGGUCUGAAUUACUUUACUGGAUGAUCAGAAGGAAGAAACGGAGACUCUGUUGAAUUUUGAGCAAACAUAUAAGUUGCUUCAGUUGCUCUUUACAGCUUUAUCUUCUCAUCAUGGAGUCCUUUCCAGUUCUUCAUCAACAGAGUCAGAAUAAAAUCCACUGUCUAAGAAUGAAGAAUGAACAAAAAGCAAAAAAGCUAGUGGAUCCAAAGCCUUCCAAACCUGUGUCUGCAUCUCACCUUUCCAACAAAGAUAUUGAGAACAAAGAUCCAGGGAGCUCAGCAAUCAGUAAGAAGGCACCUGUGCGACCAGGUGUAAGCAGGCUUCCCGUACUUGCAAAGUCUCUCCAUCUUCAGACUCCCUCGGACUUCAGUCAGACCCACUGCAGGUGGGAGGAGAAACCUCUAGCUGGAAAAGCUAAGAAGAAAAAGCCAUGCACUCGGCCUGUACCUUUCAAUCUGUCUCAACCGAAAAGCACAAGAAUGGCUGCUGAAAAUCAACCUCUGGCUGCACCACAACUUAGGACUCAUGCAAAAUCACCUAAAUAUCCAGCUGCAUUAAACAGCAACACAGACUCAGCCAGAGCUGUAGGAAAGUCUCUUGGAAACACAACAGAUAAUACUUCCCACCUGUCAGGACCAACUGGGCCUUCCAGCACAUUUAAGACUCCAACUUUGACCACGCAACCGACCAUGCAGUGCAGUUCUUCAAAAGCUGAAAAGGGGGAGAACUUCCAGCCUGACCACGCGGCUUUGCUCAGCAUCCUCCGGAAUGAGGGAGUGGGCGUCACAGGUCUGGCGUCUGCAACUUCACAGUCCAAACCAUACAACUAUUUGCCCCAGCGAGUGUCCGUCAUGAAGAGUCGGAAGAAAGCUGGACCCCCUGCAGGAUCAGUGAAGGCUGUGCCGUUCUCUCCAGACCGCGCUGCGCUGCAAAGUAUUCUCCAGAAUGAGGGCGUGAAAGCUGGAGGGCCCGUCGGUGCAACACCCCGGAGUUCAGUCUGUCCACCAAGCAGAGGAACUUCAAUCUACACCGCUCAGAGAGUGCCUGUUAGAAAAAAUCAUCUAGCGGCAACUCCUGGGCCAGGAUCAGCACUCAAAGAGACACCUCUGAACAAAUGGACACCACAGAGAGUCCGCAACCCCAGGCACCAGCCCAUGUCUGCUAUGAAAUGGCACCACUCAUCACAACAGUCGCCUUACGGCGCUCCCGGAUUCAAAAGCUGCAAAAGCAGUCUUCAGCUGCGCCAGGAGGAGGUUGUCCAGAGAUUGUUUGAAGAGGACGAGCAGGGCACAAAUGUGACAGAACAAGAUCCUGAGACACAAGCGCAGCGACCAGUUCAAGCCUCAGCUAAUAAACCCCCCUGUGGCAAAGAGGUGGAGAAGAGCAGGACUAACGAUGAUGAUGAUGAUGAUGAUGAGAAGUUAGUGGGAGGACAGAUGUUCUUACAAGCCCAGCCCAGAGAGUCUGUUAUCUUUUUCUCAACGGGCAAAAAAUUGUUCAGAGCCCCACGUGUAGAGAAGCUGGAGGACUCUGGUCUUCACAAUCAGUGUGCUCCACUUUCAUCCGAAGAGAGGAAGGUGCUGCCAGUGCGCGGCGAAGUGCCAGCUGUGCCAGAACCGAGCUGUAAGAUUAACCCCUCUGUUCAGCGCCCGCACAGAGAUCUCAUUGGUCAGAAGUCUUGCUCUGUGAGUUCUGCAGUGAUUAUGUUGCGCAAGCGUUUCCCUCCCCUGGUGGAGCUGCGCUUGGAUGAGGAAGUGGCCACCUACACCUCAGCGUCUGUCCAGGCUCCGCUCCCCCCUCGGCCUUCCUGUGGAAACCCUCUGGCCUCCAUCUUGCACUUCAAAGAGUCCACUAGAUUUGUUCCGAUUGGCUUUGAGCGCUCGUCCGGUCCUCCUUCUCCACUGCAGGACAGCUGACCGGCACCACAGCUGCAGUAUUUGUUUUUAUUAUGAAACGCUGACUUCACUUUAUUAAUGUUUGUUGAACACUGAUCCUGCCAGUUCAAUGGCUGCUCCAAAAUUAAAGGCAUAUCUAAAUGAUACUUUUUUUGGUAACUGUAGACACUCGUAUGUUUUUAAUGAAGUAGAUUUAAAACAGUCUUUAAGACUUAAGUCCAGAAUACAUGUUGAAAAAUAUUUCUUUAAAGGUCAGUGACGAUUCCUCACCCGAUCAGUGUUAUCAGUGUUUUUCGCUGUAGUGAACGUGGAUUAAUGGUUAGGAUCUCUGGUUUAUUUUUAACCUUGUUGUAACUAAAAUGUGUGAUGUACAGUGUUUAUAAUAAAUGAUGACAUUUUC